AUGAGACCUUCUUGGCUCUGGCUCUCACACCUGGCCCUGUCCACACCGCCGCAAGCCGCACCCACAAUUUCGCCUGGCCCCGCCCAUGAGAUCGCCCGGCCCCGCUCCUCACACCUGGUUCCACCCCUCAUACCUGGCUCCACCCCUCACACCUGGCCCUGUCCACACCGGACGCCCUUAGCUGUUUAUGUUUUCCACAAAGGGCCUCCACACUGUGUCCAGGCCCCAGGGGAGGGAGAUUUCAGCUCUUCAGUGUCCAGGCCGAGAUCCUCGGAGCCUUCCCCCUCCCUCCUCGUCCAGCAGCAGCAGCGGCUCCUCCCCCCGUCGUCAUGUGAUUGUUGA